UAUAAAAAACUCCGUUAUAGUGUCCAUAAAAAUCAACACCAUUGAAAACUAGAACUAGACAGGAAGCAUAAUGGCGCGAAAAAUCCAGCAAAUUCUCUCCUUAAUCUGCCCCGCUCUUUUUGCCACGGUUUACAAGACCCCCUAUGCCUUGGCCGCCAUUGGAGACUACAACGUUGCAGCCCCCGACAUCAAAGCGCUCGGCAGCCACCCACCCGCAAUCCCCAAACGCUCCGCCGCCGAGGUCAUCUCCACCCUGAAACUGACCCCCAACAUCGAAAAGGGGUAUUUUAUCGAAACGUUCCGGGACCCCAUCAACGUUACCGACACCACGCCACCCGACUGCGGCGCCGGGGAGGAUGCUUCAGGGGUCGUCGGCGGACGGGCAGCCAGCACGGCGAUCUACUAUCUCCUGGAGGGCGCCGCCGGCGAUUCGCUCUGGCACCGUCUCGACGCGGCCGAGGUCUGGCACUUUUACGCGGGGGCGCCGCUGGAGCUGUCGCUGUCCGAGGAUGACGGCCGGCCGAUUAAUAAGGUUGUGCUGGGGCCGGACGUCUUUGCGAAUGAUGGGCAAAGACCACAGGUCGUGGUGCGGAAGGGGGAGUGGCAGCGGGCGAGGAGCUUGGGGGAGUGGACGCUUGUUGGGACGACUGUGGCUCCUGGGUUUCUCGAGAGUGGUUUCGAGCUCGCCCCGGAUGGUUGGUCCCCUCGUGAGGCCAGAGCUUGAAUGUGGUUGGAUUUGGAACCAAUCAAUAGCCGAAUGGGGUAUUAAUGGGACGGAGUCGAUUGACUUGGUUUGGCUCCGAACAUGAGGGACGAGUCUAAUACAUUAGGUGGCUACACAUUGGUCAAUUGGCCGAGACAUACGGUAUCUGCUAGUAACUGGUAGCAGCGACGAAUCCAGGCAUCUGCAUCACUGGCAUUGAUUUACCACGUAAUAUGCCCUACUUUUGCUCAGGCUGCUCGGGCUAUAUUUGCCCUCAUUAAGUUGUGCCUCACCCCGUUCAGGGGCUGCUCAGGUGUUCUUUAGCUGACCCGCUCUAAUAUUUUUCACCAUAAGUAGCACUCGUUAUAUCUGUG